AUGGAUAAGUUCCGUAUGAUGUUCCAGUUCCUCCAAUCCAACCAGGAGUCCUUUAUGAACGGCAUCUGUGGUAUCAUGGCCCUAGCCAGCGCCCAGCUCUACUCAGCCUUCGAGAUUAGCUGCCCUUGUAUCCCGGAGUACAACUACGCUUAUGGGAUUGGACUACUGGUUAUCCCACCUAUAUGGUUCUUCCUACUAGGGUUUGUGUUGAAUAACAAUGUUUCGAUGUUAGCUGAGGAGUGGAAAAGACCGACAGGGAAGAGGGUGAAGGAUCCGACAAUCCUUCGUUACAUGUUCGUUUCGAUCACGCAGCGGUCCUUGAUCGCGCCCAUGGUGUGGAUAUCUGUGACUCUUAUGGAUGGCAAGAGCUUCUUGUGUGCAUUCAGCGUGAACUUGGACAUUCGUCAGUUUGGGAAUUCUACCCUCAUUGAGGGAAUGACGGAAGUGGAGAUUGUUAAAUUGUUAGCGAAGAUUCCGUGCAAGAAUAUCUUCGAUCAGCCCGAGGUGAUAUCGAGAGAAGCUGCAUCGAGAUACAUCAAGUGUAUAUCCCAGGCAUUUGGCUGGGUAUUCCUGCUGAUGAUGACCUUUGCAGCCUUCAUGAUACGAGCCAUCCGACCCUGCUUCACCCAAGCUGCCUUCCUCAAAACCAAAUACUGGUCUCAUUACGUCGACGUCGAACGCAAGCUCUUCGACGAGACAUGCAAAGAGCACGCCAAGACCUUCGCCAAGGUCUGCAUCCAGCAGUACUUCGAGAGCAUCAGUGGCGAGAUGCGCAGCUUCCACAAGCACCGGUCAAGCAAAGACGAUAGCGAUGAUGAUGAUGAUGACAAGAAGAAGAGCGACGAGGACAAGCUUCUAGGGAUCCGUGACCAGGACGAUAUGAAUAAAGUUCUGUGGAAUUGGCACACGUGUAAGCCGCCUCUGGCACUGAGGAAGGAACAGCCGGAUGGAGAAUCCCAUGAAGGGCUCAUACCAAAUGGAGAGGACCAUGGAGUCAGCGGAGGGCCAAAUGGAUAUGCCAACGGUCACGCUCACGACUUGCCUAAGAGGGAAUGGGCAGUAUACUACAGCAAGGUUUGA